AUUCUCACAAUAGUGAGUUGCCGACAAUGACACCAAACUGUGAUAUUUUAAUUCACCAUACAAAGCGAUUUAUGUUUGUGUUGGGUUUCAUACUGAUAGCAGAAUGUGAAAGUGCUAAGAUUUUGGGUAUAAUGCCCACUUCUUCUUUCAGUCAUCAAAUUGUCUUCCAACCAUUGUGGAAGGAGUUAUCACUGCGAGGUCAUCAGGUAGUAGUGUUAACAACCCAUCCUAUCAACGACAAAUCUUUAACAAAUCUAACCGAGGUUCACCUGGAUUCUGUGCGAAAAUUCUUCAAAGAAUUGAGAUUCUACGACAAACUCGCAGAAAAUGCCGAAACUUUCAUCGAUCUGGGCCUCUACCUCAAAAGCGUUACCAUUAAACUCACCUAUCAUCUUGUCAAGAGCAAACUAGUGCAAAAUGUUCUGAGGACUAAUCGAGUGUUCGAUUUGGUGAUAGCAGAAGCACAUUUUCCUUCCAUUUUGGGUUUGAUAGGAUAUUAUCGAUGCCCAUGGAUAGGAGUUUCGUCAAUGGAUCCAGCCUUGCAAUACCACCUGGCAAUUGGCAACCCUGUGCACCCUGUUUUGAAUCCAGACGGCAAUCUGGAUAUCGCCGACCUUGAAAAUCUGAAUUUCUUUGAAAGAUUCUCUAGUUUCAUAUAUCGUAAUGCGUACAUACAUGAAUUCAAAAACGAACUACCACGUCUGACUGCGAUCAGUAGGGAAUACCUUGGUGAAGACUUGCCUUCCCUAAGUGAAAUUCAGAGCAACGUGAGCAUGCUAUUUACCAGUGCUCAUCCUAUCUUCCACAAUCUCAGACCAGUUCAUGCCAAUACUAUUUUCAUAGGGUCUGGAAUUCAUCUGAGGAAGCCUGAAAUUUUAUCCAACAAUCUGAAAACGUUCCUUGAUGAAGCAAAAGGUGGUGCAAUCUACUUCAGCUUGGGUAGUAAUGUGAAUGCCAAUAUAUUGAAUCCAGAUUUCAAGAAGGCCCUACUGGAUACUUUUGCGAACUUGCCUUACCACGUUCUGCUGAAAUUAGAUGCUAACUUGACUGACGUUCCCAAAAAUGUUUUGGUCCAGAAAUGGAUGCCACAACAAGAUAUUUUGAGGCAUCCGAAUGUGAAGCUGUUCAUAACACAAGGUGGUCUCCAAUCCCUUCAAGAAGCUAUCACAAAUGACAUCCCUCUGAUAGGCAUCCCAUUUUUCGGAGAUCAAUUAUCCAAUGUGAAUAAAAUGGUGAAGAGAGGAUAUGGAGUCAAGUUAGAUAAAAAAGGAAUAACCAAAGAGUCUCUGACUAAUGCCAUCAAAGAGGUCAUGGAAAAUCCGAAGUACCGGGAAAAGGCGAGAGAAAUGGGAGCCAUCUUCAGAGACGAAGAGGUCCCUAGCCUCCAAAGGGCAGUUUAUUGGACGGAAUACGUGAUCAGACAUAAGGGCGCUCGACAUCUGAGGAGUCCUGUUGUAGGGAUGCCAGCUUGGAAGUACUACAUGCUGGACGUUGUCGGAUUUUUGACGUUGAUUGUUGUUCUAAUUGUAAUUUUAUGCUUCGUGCUCGUCAAGGUUUCUUUUUGGUUGGUUCUCAGGUGUUUCACCAACAAGAAGUCCAAGAAGAAAACUAACUAAUUUUCGGAAAAAUCAUUCAGAUUUUCUAAUCUGAGAAGAUAAAUGUUACUUGACAGGAAUAACAUGAGAUUCUCAUUUUCACUCAAUAACUUAUACAUAAGUAACAGAAAAUACUAUUUCCAUACUUUUAUAUGAUCAGUUUCCAUGAUAAACGAAGCUUUUUCUGAUUAAAAAUGCAAAAUGUAUUCCAAUGUACAAAGUUUUUUUUCCAAAGGCACCGUAGUCUCAGCCAAGAUUUUUUUUCGGUAAAUGGAACUAUAACUAGAUUUAUGAGUAUUUAUUUUUUCAGUCAACGGUCAAUUCAUGUAUAGAUUAGUUAUAACGUCGACAAGAUAUUCCUCAUUAGUAAGAAAAUUCCCCAAUCAUUGAUACGACUAAACAGUUGCUCGACUACUUACUAGAUAUUGAUGAAAUCAACUUUGCCUUCUCCUCUCUAGGGUUCCUGAACAAUUCUUUUGAAAAAAUCAAUAAUAAUCUUUUUGGAAAAUCAACUUUUUGAACAUUCAAGAAGGUCAAAAGAUUGAUCGAUUGAUUCGAUUACCUUCAUUAUCCCCACACACAUUGUAAUUUUCGAUUGGGAAAUACAACAUAAUGUUGAAAUUG